AUGGGCACCCGGUGGCCAAGAUCCGCCCACUCUAGCAAUUGGGAGGCGGUGUGCUACGAGCUUUUGGGCGCCGUUCCGGAUAAAAUGGAUGGAGGUAAGGUGGAGAUGGGCUGGUUACAUGCCACCUUCCCCGGUCUGAAUGAAAAUUCAACCGAGAUUGAAAGAAUCCGAUAUGCUCGAUCAUACAUUCUUCAAAUAAUUGGAGGCUAUCUCAUGGCCGACACAUCACGGAGCCGUGUACAUCUAAGGUGGCUGCUAAAACUCGUUGAUUUUAGAGCAGCCGGUGAAUUUAGUUGGGGGUCUGCCGUCUUGGCAACAUUAUAUCGGGAGAUGUGCGGGGCGACCAAACCGAGGAGAGCAAAAAUUGGAGGUUGCCUGUCACUACUGCAAUCAUGGGAACGGUUUCGCUUUCCAUUUCUACGUCCUCGAGUGAACCACCCAUAUACAUUCCCACUCGUAACGAGGUGGAACCAUCCGGCAAGUUAUCGUGGAAUACCGACUGAACUUGAAGAUAUACGGCUUCUAUUGGAGCAACGCUCGGAAGCAGAAUUUCAAUGGACACCAUACGAGGAUCCGGCAGUCCGGGCAAUAAUCCCGGAAGAGUUUUUACAAAAUCCGAACGCUUGGCACGUGAAAGUGGUGUUGAUCAACUAUGCAACCGUGGAGCCCCACCAGACAGACAGAGUCCUACGACAGUUUGGAUGUAGACAACCGAUCCCUGCGGACCCUGAGGAGUUUGACGAGCACCACAAAAUCGACCUUCGGCUAUUAGGUACGGAUUGGCCAUUGUACUGGUCAGUGUACACAGAAAUGAGAGGCGGCGGCAAAUACGUGUCGGAAGGAAAGCGCGAGCCUCAAAAUCCAAGGGGACAAAACUACGAGGGCCCUCAACGAGGCCCAGACAUUCACCCGGUUCAUCAUCGCGACCAUGCAAUCACCGUCCCCAACGAGAGCACCAAUGCGGUCACUGAUGCCGAACCGGAAGAACUAGAAUCCCCACCGGAAGAACAACAACCGCCGCUAGAAGCUAGAGAAAGGAGGAAUCCAGCGCGUAACCGUCGACGGCCGCCAUGUGGAACUGAAUCCCCCGGUCAUAGACAUUGA